CAUCAUUGACUUGGAUUUGAGCUGGUAGUUUUUGUACUAACUAAGGUUGGUUGAAUACCACCCAGAAAACGUACGUCGACGUAGUGUUCUCCCACAAUUCCACUCACAACCUAUUCCUUUCUCUGUCUCUUUCUUCUAUCAAAUCAACCUCUUCAAAUAUAUUUCACUAACAUCACACUUUGAUCCCAAAUUAAUCCUACAUCAAUAGAGAACCAAUGAGAUUCACAAUAUUAAUCUUAUUAUGUAUCUUUCUUCUCUUUUCUACACAAACCUUAUGCACCACCACCCUUGAACAAGACUUCAAAGAAGCACCAAAAUACUACAACUCUCAAACCUGCAAAAAUAUUGAAUCUUCCCACCAUAGCAAUCACACAUGCUCAAAUUCAGCCGUACACGUGGCAAUGACACUCGACGUGUCCUACAUCCGUGGCUCCAUGGCAGCAAUCCUCUCUAUACUCCAACACACUUCGUGUCCGGAAAACAUUGUUUUCCAUUUCAUUACAUCUGCAUCCGUAUCCAUUCUGAACCGAACUAUAAACAACUCAUUCCCCUAUCUAAAAUACCAAAUUUACCCUUUCAACGACGGUCCAGUAGCCGGAUUAAUCUCCACCUCCAUCCGCUCAGCUCUUGAUACUCCGCUGAACUACGCCCGCACCUACUUAGCUGACCUUCUCCCUCUCUGCAUCACCAAAAUUGUUUACCUUGACUCCGACUUAAUCCUCGUUGACGACAUUGCAAUACUCUUCGCUACACCUCUCCGAUCAACCACCAUCCUCGCCGCACCGGAGUAUUGCAACGCAAAUUUCAGUAACUAUUUUACUCCUUCAUUUUGGUCAAACCCUUCACUUUCACUCACAUUUGCCAACCGUGAACGUAAGGCUUGUUACUUCAACACCGGAGUGAUGGUUAUUGAUCUUCAACGGUGGCGUAAGGGUGAGUAUACUACGAUGAUAAGGGAGUGGAUGGAGUUGCAGAAGAGAAUGAGAAUCUAUGAGCUUGGUUCGUUGCCGCCGUUUUUGUUGGUUUUUGCCGGGAGGAUUACGCCGGUGGAUCACCGGUGGAAUCAGCAUGGGCUCGGCGGUGAUAAUUUUCGUGGGCUUUGUCGGGAUUUGCAUCCAGGCCCGGUGAGUUUGUUGCAUUGGAGUGGAAAAGGGAAGCCGUGGGCCAGGCUUGAUGGGAAUAGGGCUUGUCCUUUGGAUGCUUUGUGGGCUCCAUAUGAUUUGCUUAAAACUCGUUUUGCUCUUGAGGUGUAAAUGACGUCAAAAUUCAGAAAUUCUUUUUUGCUUUAUUUUGUUUUGAAUUCAUAUAAUAAAUCUAAUCAUAUAUAGGUACGUUUAUAGUUUGAUAAUUUGAUAUAUUGUACACGGUAUAUAUCUUACCAUUUUGUUAUUAUUAUUGAGGUAAAAGACUUACACAGUUCAUAGUA